AUGCGUUCAGUCUCCGCCGUUCUUCUUACUGCCCUCACGGCUGUGUCUGCCGCUCCCAUCGAGGAGAGGCAAGCACCGUUCGAGGUCACCAUGCAAGCAGCAUGGAACGCAGGGGCUACUCCUGAGUGGAGGAUACACUCCAGCUGUAACGCUUCGCAGCGCUAUCAGCUUGAGCAGGGCCUGAACGAGGCUGUCAUGCUCGCUGAGCACGGCAGACAACACAUCAAUCGAUGGGGCAACAACAGCGAAAUUUAUCAGAAGUACUUUGGUAACCGGCCAACCUUUGAGGCUAUUGGGGCUCUCGACAUCAUUGUCAAUGGAGACAGGGCUGGCGCUCUAUUCAGAUGCGACGACCCAGAUCAGAACUGUGCGAACAUGCCGACAUGGGGUGGCCACUGGCGAGGCAGCAACGCGACUGGCGAGACCGUCAUCUGUCCGACAUCAUUCUUCGAGCGUCGACCACUCGCAACUCUCUGUGCGUGGGGUUACAACGUCCGCGAAUAUUCCCGCUCGCUAUUCUGGGGCUCCGACCUGCUGCACCGACUCUACCACAUCCCGGCAUUCGGCCAGGGCUACAUUGAUCACUACUCUGAGGGCUACGAGGCCAUCGUGGAGAGUGCAUCUAUGAACAGCCCCAACGCAACUCACGACUCCGAUGGUCUGCAGUACUUUGCUCUCGAGGCAUAUGCAUACGAUGUCAUCCUCCCAGGUCAAGGUUGCCCAGGUCCAACAGGCGAGCUUCCAUCGACUAGUUCCGCCGCCGCGGCACCGGCAUCGACCAGCAGCGCUACCUUGACCGCUACUGCUACCGCUGCUGGUGUAUCUGCUACUAGCGCCAUGGCCACUGCGACAGCCAGCGCAGCAGCUCAGGACUCUGGCAGCGACAGUGGAUCAGUUCCAGAGAAUUGCCAUACUCACGCCAAUGGAGACGUGCACUGCACAUAA